UCCCUCUGCGUCAGUCGUUCGCGAAGCCUUGCAGGCGGCGGAUAGUGCGCAGUUCGCCUAUUGGUUGUAGUGUCUAUUGGUCUUUUUCUUUUCUACCCCUCUGUAAGAAAAAAUCAUAAAAAACAACGAGGAAAACGGUGCGCCUCGGAGGCGCUGCCGCAAGUGUACGGUGCCGAAUUUCAUCACGGUGAUUGACUUCGCUGCCGGUUCUUCUCCACACGGUCAAUAAUGAGGGACAUGGCGGGCAAGAUCGCCGAGUUGAAGUUCGAGGCACCCCUCGCACGUUUCGAGGAGGAAGACACGGCCAGCUUGAAAAAUAUGAAUCUACUGACAGAGCAAUUGCUGGACACGAGUUUAAACACGAGCUACGGAGAGAAUUGUAACGCGAACGAGCCAGCGACUACGCACGAAAAUGGUACCGAUAUACUGCAAGAGGGGACAUUCAGCCCCUUCAGCGGCAGUCUCGAGGAUCUCGUUAACACCUUCGACGAGAAGAUAACAUCCUGCUUUCGCGAUUACGGCACGAACGUCGAGUCCCUGGCACCCGUGCAAGUACGCACGCAGGAAGAAAUUAUGAACGAGUGCCAAAUGUGGUGGACGAUUACCGGUACGUUUGGUAACAUAUUACCAAUCGAUUGGAGCAAAUCGUACGCUAGAAAAAUGCACAUGCCCGCGCUUAAUUUGAACGAGGCUCCGGUUUCACACGAAAGACCUGAACUAGAGGAUUUAAGUAGCGAAGAUGAGGCUGUCGCAACUGAUUUGGACAUGCAUGCUUUGAUCUUGUCCAGUAGCACCGAUACUCACAGCCCAGAGGAACCGCUUAAGACUGCGGAAGAGGUACUCCGUGAAAUAGACGAUAUAAUGCAGGAAAGUCCGUCGAUGGAAAGAUCACCGGAUUCCGAUGGGUCUUUAUUGGAUAGCGACGAGGCACUGGAGAGGAGCAGAGAAGUUCUGGGCUCUCCGCUGCACGAGAAAAAGCUAAAACAACUUACCUCCAGCCAACUGACUGAGUUACUCGGGGAGAUGGAAUCCUUGGUGGGAGCUCUGAGCGAAACUCUCAUCGCGGAACUUGCAUUGCGCGACGAGCUCGAAUAUGAGAAAGAAUUAAAGAAUCAAUUUAUCUCGUUGUUGUUAGCAGUACAAAAUCGACGAAGACAGCAUCAUGUCACGAGAAAGAGAAAUCAAAUGCAAAAUGGUACUAGUCCUUUACCACAACAUAGAUCGCUUCAAGAAUCUAAGUAUUUAACUACCGUAAUUCCGUAUCAUAUGGACAGUGGCCCACCAGACAAUCAGGCAUUACAAGUUCUCAUUAAAAUAUUAAAAGCAAUUAGCGAAGACAGUCCAACUGUACCUACUUUACUAACAGAUUAUAUACUCAAAGUAUUGUGUCCUACUUAGUGAGCGUACCAUAAAUUCCUCACGGAAAUCGAUAAAAAUCAGAAAGAAAGAUAUUAAUUAUUAACGAAUACAAUUUGCUCUCUUCUUGCCAAUACGCUUUCAGCCGUUGUUGUGCCGCAUAUUCUUGCGUUAAGGCAGGUGAUUUUGCUUCUAAAUUGUGUCUGGAACUACACACUGUAUCGACUUUAGAUUCAUAGAUAGAAUCCGUGACACUCACAUCUAGUCUUACUUUAUAUAUUAUCACGUGUAUAUUAUUUUACAUAAGAUAUAUUUCUAAUAAUCUAUGUAUGCGCUCUAUAAAAUACCUCUUAAUCGUGUACGACUUAUAAAAUCUUCAUUUUUGUAUACGUCAUCAUGAAUUUCGUGACAAUUCAGUUUUUUGUAAUUUUUUGUACAUAAAGAUCUUAUCGAAAUGUGUGAACAAAUUUUACUAUAUUACCGAAAAUAUUUAUAUUUAUGUAGAAAAAUAUACCAAUUAACUUGUAGAUUACAACAUAUAAACUUAUGAAUUUAGUAUAUAUUGUUGUAAUGCUCAUGUACCUAGAAUUAUCUAGUAACGUAUCGCGCAAAAAUAAAAACAUCUUGUUGCUGGAACAACCUUAUGAAUCUACACUUGAAAUCUGUUUAAUAAUUACAUACAAGAUGCCAUUGAACACUUUGUGUACGGCAACACAGUUGUUUUACACACAUUGCAGAUAUUGUGUUUGUUGAAAUAAAGAAAUAAAUUGAACAAUCUUA